AUGAGGGGUUUCGACAGUCCGGCUCAUAAAAAAGGACUGAUCCGUCUGCGCUCCAGUCCUCCCCCACGCCUGCAGGGGGUGGAGUAUGUGCUAAACGUCACGGCCACCGAUGACAACGCCUCGGGGGGACCUCAGGCGCUCGCGUCCACGGCUCAGGUCAUCGUGGGAGUGGAUGACGUGAAUAACAAUAAGCCCGUUUUUGAAAAGUGUCAGCAGUACCGCGAGUCCACAGCCGUCCUGGAGAGCCAACCGGCCGGUACGUUUGUCCUGCAGGUCCAUGCUGUAGACGCAGAUGAAGGUUCCAAUGGAAAAGUCACAUACGGCUUCAUGCACAAGGACUCCACUGUGCCGGCAUUCAGCAUCCACCCAGACACAGGGGUUAUUGUGACUGCUCGAAAGUUUGACCGUGAACGUCAGCGGGAGUACGCCGUAACAGUGACCGCCACAGACCAGGCAGUGGACCCUUUGAUCGGCAUCUGUCAACUCAACAUUCUUAUCCUGGACCAGAAUGACAACAGCCCCAAAUUUGAGAACAUCCGUUAUGAGUAUUUUUUACGUGAAGACACCAUGAUUGGGACCAGCUUCUUACGAGUGGCAGCGCACGAUGAUGACUUCGGGACCAACGCUGCGGUCACUUACUCCAUGUCCAAUGAGCUGCCAGAGUACCUGAGAGUGAACCCUCUGACUGGAUGGGUCUACGUGAACCAACCGAUUUCACAGAGAACAUUCAUCACUCGAGAGAUUGUAGCCACAGAUGGUGGGAAUCGUAGCAGCUCUGUGGAACUCUCUGUAACUAUUACCAAUGUAAAGAACCAGCCUCCACAGUGGGAGAAGGACAGCUACAGCGUGGUCAUCCCUGAAAACACUGUCCGGGACACCCCUGUCGUGACAAUCAAAGCAACUUCCCCACUUGGAGAUCCCAGAGUCACAUACAACCUGGAGGACGGCAUGGUCCCUGAAACCAACAUGCCAGUGCGCUUUUACUUGACCCCUAAUCGAGAGGACGGCUCCGCCUCCAUCCUGGUGGCCGAACCGCUGGACUACGAGACCACCAGGAACUUCAUGCUACGAGUUCGAGCACAGAACGUGGCUGCUGUGCCUCUGGCAGCUUUCACCACCGUAUAUGUGAACGUGACAGAUGUAAACGACAACGUGCCAUUCUUCACCUCAUCGAUUUAUGAGGCUUCAGUCACGGAGGGCGCUGAGGCAGGCACCCUGGUUUUUCAGGUCUUGGCCAACGACCUCGACUUGGGCCAAAACGGCAAGAUUUCCUACUCUCUCCUGGAGGAUCGCAGUGGGGACUUCCAGUAUUUCCGUAUUGACCCAGAGCUGGGAUACAUCCACUCCAAGACAGUGUUUGACCGUGAAACCAAAAGCUCCUACUUGCUCGAGGUCCAGUCGGUGGAUGGAUACGAGUCUGCGCGGCCGGGAAAGCAUGGACAGCCCAACUCUGACACAGCAUAUGUUCGUAUCUUCAUCAGCGACGUGAACGACAACAAGCCGGCGUUCGCUCAGACCGCGUACGACGUGGACGUGGACGAAGACGCAGAUGUGGGCUACGCUGUGCUCACGGUCAGCGCCAACGACGAUGAUGAAGGUGGGAAUGCCAAACUGCGUUACCAGAUCACAUCGGGGAACACAGGAGGCGUGUUUGAUGUGGAGCCGGAGGUUGGCACCAUCUUCAUCGCUCAGCCCCUGGACUACGAACAGAACAAAAAAUACAAGCUUCAUCUGCUGGCUUCUGACGGGAAAUGGGAAGACUACACCAGUGUGACAGUGAACGUGGUUAACAAGAACGAUGAAGCCCCCGUAUUUACUGUUAAUGAGUACUACGGCAGCGUCACAGAGGAGCUGGAUGGGUCUCCUGUCUUUGUUUUACAGGUAACCGCUUCUGACCCAGACAAGGAUGCGGACCAGGAGGCUCUGCGAUACUCCCUGCACGGUCAAGGUGCAGACAGCGAAUUCAUAAUUGACGAGGUGACUGGGAAAAUCUAUGCCCAGAGAACUCUAGAUCGCGAAGAGAGAGCCGUCUGGCGUUUCGUCGUUUUGGCCACAGACGAAAGCGGCGAAGGGCUCACCGGAUUCACAGACGUCAUCAUCAACGUGUGGGACAUCAACGACAACAUCCCAGUCUUCACUUGCGCCCCGAGUUGCCAUGGAGACGUGGCAGAGAACUCGCCGCCCGGGACGUUGGUGAUGGAGAUGACAGCGACGGAUUUGGACGAUUCUGCGGUGGGGCAGAACGCCGUACUUUCCUAUAGGAUUGUGGGAAGUUUAGAUGCCAGUAAUGUGGAAGUAGGAGGGCUGCCAACGUUCUCCGAUAUGUUCAGUAUAAAUCCUACCACUGGGACCAUCAUGGUGGCGAUGAAUGGGCUGGACAGAGAGCAGGUAGAGUCCUAUCUGCUGGUGGUAGAAGCCCGGGACGGAGGGGGAAUACCAGGAACUGGAACAGCCACCAUUCAGAUCAAAGAUGUGAACGAUCACGCCCCAAGGUUUACGGAUCACACCUGCACGGCCAAGGUGUCCGAAAAUGCUGAGCCGAACUCUGAGGUGCUGGAGCUCACGGCCGAGGACAGGGACACUGGGGAGAAUGCUCAGCUGACCUUCAGUGUGGUGGCUGGAGACCAGGAGCAGAAGUUCUACAUGGUCAGUCACAAGCAGGAGAAGAGAGGCACGCUGAGGAUCAAGAAACGACUGGACUAUGAACGGCACAACGAGCAGCGCUUCAACCUGACGCUGAAGGUGGAAGACUUGGAUUUCUCCAGCCUACUACACUGCGUGGUGGAGGUGGAAGACUACAACGACCAUGCUCCCGUCUUCAUCCCGCACUUCCUGGCACUGGCCCCUUUGCCUGAGGACAUUUCAGUGGGCACCAGCGUCGCACGGAUGGUGGCCAGCGACUCGGAUUCAGGACUGAACCGGGAAAUGAUCUACAGCCUCCUGGAAGAGUCCGACCCUGAGGGAUUAUUCAUCAUCGACCAAUCAGGGCUGGUCUCUGUGGCCCAGCCUUUGGACCGGGAGAAAAUGGCACAGCAUCAGUUGGUCGUCGUAGCUACGGACCACGGCUCGCCAUCGCUGACGGGAAGUGCCACGAUCCAGCUCCCCCUGCUGGACGUGAAUGAUAACGGGCCAGAGUUCGAGGCGGUGUACUCCCCUGUUGUGUUUGAGAAUGUUGCUGGACCACAGGCCGUAAGGUUGAACCAAACUUCAACACUGAUUUGCGCAGUGGACCAAGACUCCCUGGAGAACGGGCCACCAUUCCACUUCACAGUCCCUGCUGAAUAUCGCCAUAGCAAUGAUUUCUACCUCCAGGACAACCUAAAUGGCACCGCAACCCUGACGGCACUGAGGACUUUUGACCGUGAGCGGCAAAAAGAAUUUCUCAUUCCCAUUAUCAUGAGCGACAGCGGGCGGCCGGCCAAAACUGUGACAAGCACCAUGACGGUGACCAUUGGAGACCAGAAUGACCACGCACAUGCGGCUGGAGAGAAGAACAUUUUCAUCAACAGUCACAGAGGACGUAUGCCAACCACAGUGCUGGGCAAAGUGUACUCUCCUGACCCUGAUGACUGGGAUAACAAGACCUAUGUGUUUGAAGGACAUGUACCAAAUUACUUCAUACUGAACAAACGCACCGGUUUCCUCAUCAUCAAGGAGAACGCGCCGCCGGGCACGUACCAGUUCCAGGUGCGCAUCGCGGACGGCGUCUGGCCAGAUGCGGUGUCCACUGUAACGGUUCAUGUGAGGGAGCUGCGGGACGAGGCCAUCUACAGUUCGGGUUCUCUGAGGUUGGCAGACAUAACAGCAAAGGACUUCAUCGAUCGGAAGGGGAAGCAGCGCAGCCGUUAUGAGCUCCUGGUGGACUUCCUGUCAGAGAUGUUAUCAGUGCCCCCUGAUGACGUCAACAUCUUUAGCCUAAUGGACGUGAAGGACAAGAGGCUGGAUGUUCGCUUUGCCGUCUUUGGACCGCCGCUGUUCCUCCAGCCAGAGAAAAUGCAUGGCUACCUCGCCGCCCACAAGCAGAAGCUCCAGUCCUUCAUGCAGACCGGCGUGUCCCAGGUACGCGUGGAUGAGUGUCCCUCCUCAGAGUGUCCCGGGGCGGGGGGGUGUCACACUGUGUUGAACGUCCGCGACACCCCCACUGUGGUGGACUGUGGCACCAUGAGCCUGGUGUCGGUGACGGUGGAGUCCACAGCUGUGUGCUCCUGUGCGGGCAGAGAGACGUCCCACCAGCCCUGUGCCUCCUACCCCCGCAACCCCUGCUUCAACGGCGGCGUCUGCAUGGACACUCAGCACGGCUACAGGUGCCAGUGUCCAGCGCAGUUCGAAGGGCCCGAGUGCCAGCAGAACAAGCACAGUUUCCAUGGCAACGGCUACGCCUGGUUUCCUCCCAUGAUGCCCUGCUUUGAGAGCCACGUGUCGCUGGAGUUCAUCACCGACGUGGCUGAUGGAUUACUGCUGUACAGCGGACCCCUGGCGCAGCUGCAGGCCUGGGACUUCGAAGACUUCAUGGCCAUAGAGCUUGUAGACGGGACCCCUACUCUGAAAAUCAACCAUGGCUCGGGCACUGUGGUGCUGCAGUUACCUGGCAACGUCAACGUGGCGGAUAGGCGCUGGCACCGGUUGGACGUCCGCAGCAACAGCAAGGAAGUGCGCUUCACGUUGGACCGCUGUGCAGGGGCUGCAGUGAUGGAGAUGGAGGGAGUGGGCAGCUGGCUGACCACUGAGGACCACUCCUCCUGUGAAGUUAUCGGCACGACUCCCAACACAAACAGGCAUCUGAACAUGAGCCAGGUUCUUCAGCUCGGGGGUGUCAACGAGGACAUCCCUUACAUCUACCCCCAGCUCCAGCACAAGCACUUCACUGGCUGCAUACGCAAUCUCAUCGUAGACAGCAAGCUGUAUGACCUGGGCUCUCCGGCCGACUCCCAGUCCAGUUCUCCGGGCUGCAUCACCACCGACAGCAGCUGUGUCAACAUGGGCUAUCCCUCGUGUGGCCACCGGGGGCGCUGCCAUGGAGAGUGGGGCUCCUUCAGCUGCCAGUGUGUUCCAGGCUACACUGGGCAUCAGUGUGAGGAGGUUGCCCCGGAGUAUUCUUUUGACGGCCACAGCCAUGUCCACUACCAGCUGGCGUCGCUGCUGCCCCCCAGAAGGACGUUUGUUCAAGUCCUGGUGCGGACACGGAAGCACAGCAGCACCAUCAUCAGUCUGAUCUCCAAGGAGCAGAAUGAGUACAUACGGCUGGAGAUCUUCCAAGGCUUCCUGUGUGUCGUGUAUAACCUUGGGGACGGGGACUACAACCUGACCCUGCCCACGUACCGGCUGGACAACGGCGAAUGGCACGAGGUGUUCUUGGAUCGCCAUGACAAUGAGAUGACGCUGCGAUUGGAUGGAGGCGGCGGUCAGCGGGAGGUCACGGGCUCGCGUGGUCGGAGCAAGGAAAUCGUUAUUGACCCCAGCGUGAUCAUACUCGGAAAUACGGUUCCCUCAGGACUUAACAAGAGCUUUCAGGAGUAG